GAACUGAGGGAAGCCAGAGGGAUAGGGAGGGCGUGGCGUGGCUGAGACGUGGGGCGGCGCGCGCGCUCCCAGGUUGUCGGCGGCGCGCGCGCACCCUCCUCAUCAAGAGUCCUGUGGUAAAAGCCGUUCGGAAAAUGGCCGCCGCCGCCGCGCUGAGCGGAGGAGGAGGAGGCGAGGAGGACAGACUGCUCCAUAAAAACACAGAAUCACCAGUUCCUGCUUUGAUGUGACAUGUGACUCCCCAGAACACAUCUUGCUUCUGUAGACCAGCUCCAGCAGGAUUCCAUGGUAGCUGGGAUGUUAGGGCUCAGGGAAGAACAGUCUGAAGACCAAGACCUUCAGGGCCUCAGAGAUAAACCCCUGAAGUUCCGAAAGUUGAAGAGGGAUAAAAAGGAGGAGAAGGAAGGAAAACAUGAAUUCCCACAGCCAUCAUCACACCAAUCUGCUGAGCCAGCAGAGGCAGGAAAAGCAGAAACAUCAGAAGAGGCUGGGUCAGCCCCUGCUGCACCUGAAGCUUCAGCUUCCCCUAAACAACGGCGUUCUAUCAUCCGAGACCGGGGGCCCAUGUAUGAUGAUCCCACACUGCCGGAGGGCUGGACAAGAAAACUCAAGCAGAGGAAAUCAGGCCGCUCUGCUGGGAAGUACGAUGUCUAUUUGAUCAAUCCACAGGGAAAAGCUUUUCGCUCCAAGGUAGAGUUGAUUGCAUACUUCGAAAAGGUAGGCGACACCUCCCUGGACCCUAAUGAUUUUGACUUCACGGUAACUGGGAGAGGGAGUCCCUCCCGACGAGAGCAGAAACCACCUAAGAAGUCCAAAUCCCCCAAGGCUCCAGGGACAGGCCGAGGGAGGGGACGGCCCAAAGGGAGCGGCACAGUGAAACCCAGGGCAACAGCCUCAGAAGGGGUCCAGGUCAAAAGGGUGAUUGAGAAAAGUCCUGGGAAACUGCUAGUCAAGAUGCCUUUUCAGCCAUCACCUGGGGGGAAAGCUGAAGGGGGUGGGGCCACCACAUCCACCCAAGUCAUGGUGAUCAAACGCCCUGGCAGGAAGCGGAAAGUUGAGAGCGAGCCACAGGUCAUCCCUAAGAAACGGGGCCGUAAGCCAGGGAGUAUAGUGGCUGCAGCUGCCGUCGAAGCCAAGAAGAAAGCAAUCAAAGAGUCUUCCAUCAGGUCCAUUCACGAGACUGUGCUGCCCAUCAAAAAGCGGAAGACCCGGGAAACCGUCAGCAUCGAGGUGAAGGAAGUGGUGAAGCCUCUGCUUGUCUCAACCGUGGGGGAGAAGAGCGGGAAAGGACUCAAGCCUGGAAAGAGCCCAGGUCGGAAAAGCAAAGAGAGCAGCCCUAAAGGGCGAAGCGGUAGCACCUCCUCUUCCCCCCCGAAAAAGGAACAGCAGCAGCAACAAUAUCACCACCACCACUACUACCCUUCGUCAGAGUCACCCAAGGCCCCACCCCCUCCUCACCCUGAGCCAGAGAGCUCCAAGGACAGCAAAAGCCCCCCUGAACCUCAGGACUUAAGCAGCAAAGUUUGCAAAGAAGAGAAGAUGCCAAGAGGGGGUCCGCCUGAGAGCGAUGGCUGCACAAAGGAGCCCGCUAAGACUCAGCCUACGGCUGCUGCCGCCACCACCGCUGCCAGCACUGCAGCAGCAGAAAAGUUCAAACACCGAGCAGAGGGAGACCGAAAGGACAUUGUUUCGUCCUCCAUGCCGAGGCCAAACCGAGAGGAGCCUGUGGACAGCCGGACGCCCGUGACAGAGAGAGUUAGCUGACUUUUUAAAAAGUGGAUUUAAAAAACAAAAGAAUAAAGGCAGCUGUUGUCUCUUCUCCUUAUGGGCAGGGCUCGGACAAAGCUUCCCGAUUAACUGAAAUUAAAAAGGGGUUUUUUUUUUUCAGUCAACUUAGAGUUUCGUGGCUUCAGGGUGGGAGUAGUUGGAGCACUUGGGAUGUUUUUCUUACCGACAAGCACAGUCAGGUUGAAGACCUAACCAGGGCCAGAAGCAGCUUUGCACUUUUCUAUAAUAGGCUCCUUCAACAAGGCUUGCUGCAUAUACUACUGACCAGACAAGCUGUUUAUCAGGCUUUUUAGGGUACGCCAGCACCUGCCCUCCAUUCAUCCCUGUUGGGAGAGGGAUGGUGUACUGGUUGUCACUAGAGACCUAACACAGUAGGGUUAGUGGGAGCUUACAUUUUCAGUGCCAUUAACAUUCUAGUCCAAGGUCUUAAAUUAUUAUGUUGUGGGGUUUUUUUUUUCCCCUAAGGGGGCCGGGGUGGGGAGGGGUGAUUAGAUUCCUUAGGAGAGAGGGUUGAGACAGACAGCAGAGCACAGAGCAGUUGGCACUAGAGGAGACCUUGACUAGGGGCCAGGUGGCAUCAUCUAAUCCCAAGGGGCUCCAAGUGAGUAUUAGGGUAGGGGAAGACAUUACAGAAGGACUAGAAACAGGAGAGCUAAGCCCAAAGAAGAGCGGUUAAAACCCUACCCACUGGGAGUUGACUUGGAAGAGGCCCCUACGGAGGGAUCCCCAACCACCAAAAGCAAUCUUGAGCUGUAGCUGCUUCAUUUAGUGGGCCUUGUGUAUGUCUGGGUGUGGACACAUAGAUGGGCAAUGAGAAGGAAAACUGUUCUUCCAGCUCUUUUCCAGUGCUACUAGCUUAGGGCCAGGUUAGAACUGUUUGCACAAUUGUGUGAUCGUUCCCAUUCCCACUUCAAAACAAACUGACUGAGAUGUUCAACAGAAAACUGGCUUCAAUGGGUGACAUGCCCUUGCCACUUAAGACACUGGUGUGAUGGGAGUUUUGAACUCCCUUUAUGUGGAGGUAUCUGCGCUUGUUUUAAAGUGGGAUUAGCACACAGGGUUCCCACGAAGCUUCGAAACUCUAAGUGUUUGCUGCAGUUUUAUAAGGACUUCCUGACCAUUUGCUUUUUUUUCCUUCCAUUUCCCCUUUCCUUUAGAAACUCUUGCCCUUCUUUAGGCUUCAGCGGUGAGUACUCUUAGGUUUAGUUGCAUGCCAAGCUGGCCCUUGCAGGCUCCUAGCUGGGUAAUACUAACCAAGCCCUCCUUCCUGGGACAUGAACACCUGGUCACUUGCUUUCAUACCAUUAAAGAAAAUUACUUGUUGAAUCUGGUUAUAGGAGCUUGAGGCCUAGUAAACACAAAGCAUAGCCCUAUUCAAACCCCCAAAACAUGCCUUCCCAGUCUUCAGUUACAUAAAAGCAGAAGAGGAGUUUGGAAGACACUCUGAGAUCUGCCAGAGUGACAGGAUUCCUUCUGCCUACCAAAGCGACAAAACAAACCUCCUUGCCAAGUGGACAGCACAAUCAUGAUGCUUUUUUCUCCUCUCCACUUUGGCCUUUGAAAGGUUACAAACUGUUCCUCCCAGGGCACAGUAUCACAAAUAAGAGAACACUCCAAGAUCUGUUUGGUAAUUUAGAACCCAGGCCCAAAUGCACACCUGAUCCCCACACUCCCAGUGAGCUCUCCUCUGAUGACAGACUUAGGAUCUCGCUGUUUUUCGGAGAGUCUGAAUAAGGCCCUUUCAUCCAUUUCAGAAUCUUGGGGGGUGGGGAGAGGAGUUGCCUUUGCUUUCUAUUUUUUUCCAUUGGGCAGGGUAUAUAUCCUUUUAACUUCUUUGGGUGUUCAGGAAGUCCUUAUCCUGCUGCAUAUCUUCAUCAUAUUGGUAUAUCCUUGUCUGUGUUUACAGAGAUGUCUCUUGUAUAGAAAUCUAUCAAACUGCGAAGCACCUUAUCAAACCAGUAAAAUGAGAGCGCAGCUUUCUGCUUAUACACACAAACACACACACACACACGUACACAUACAACACAUGUGUGAGCUGCUGCAGUGAACUGUCAAAUAUGUGCCACCUAGUCUCUUUCAGUCAUUGUUUCCCAGCUUCCUUAGGAGGAUGUAAUCAUGAAGGAUUGAAUUAUUCUAAAAAUAAUACUGCAUUUUCUCGAUUAGUCUUUGGUAACCAGGAACCAUAGUUGACAGUUCCAAUCAGUAGCUUACAAAGGGAGUUUACCCUCUAGGUCUUUCUGCAGUUGUUUGGCCUUCAGUAGAUUUGUCUCAAUUUGCUGAACAUCAUACAAGUACCACAAAAAAAAAAAAAAACCUCUCAUCAGUCCCAGCCCUUAGGCCCUCACCACUUUUCAAUCUUCCUGCUUCACUGCUGAUAACACCCCCCCCAAAAGGGAGGGUUUCUGGGUUGUCCUAGGAGGGUGUAAUUCCUUGUAGCACCUCUUCCGCUUUCUCUAAGGAGAAAAGGCUCUACGCCUACCAAGUCUCCUCGCUCUGGAUUGUGUGUUCCUUAAGUCCUUUUUUAAUGGUGGAUUUCUAAAGGGCCUCCAAAGGACACCCACAUGUGCACUUUAACUAGUCUGUUUCUUGAAGCCCCUUUAUCAUUGGAAAGGGAUAUUUUUAGUGUUUUGGUCUGGUUUGGUUUUUGCUUAUACUCCAAGUAUUCUUAGACCAGUAGAAUUGAGCUCUUGGGACCAUCAUCAGGGAAUGAUAGUUCAGUGUUCCACCCUGUCUGGUUCCCUGGAAAGAGGAGUCUCUGGUCCUCACAGAGUGUCAUUGGACUCUUUCUGGCACACGCUACACCUCAUUCUGGGCUAUUUUAGUCAGGGGAGGUACAGCACUUGAAAAUGAGAAUCUUUCUUCUGGAUGAGUCAACUUCUGCAGCCCCCUUAUCUCCCUCCACUGAAAUUUCCAAAGCUGCAAGUGGUGACCAGGGCUCUUUACAUUUCUGUUGCUUUUUUUUUUCCUUUUUCUCUUUCUUCCAACCUUCCCUCUUCCUCCCCAGCCAAAAGUGGCCUGAGUCAAGCCCCUGAAAUGAGGCUACAGAUUUUUCCUUCCUUUGAUGUGCAGUUGGCGUGGUCUUCUUGCAUUUAUUUUUCACUGUGGCUUGAAAAUUCUCUCCGGCUCUGGGGAACUUUCCAUCUUUUGCCCUGAGUCCCAGCGUCACCUCUGGGAAGUUAGCAGCAUAUGUGAAAGCCUAUGCUUUACAAGUUUGAACAGGACAGGGUUUUUGGAAAUGAAGGAAUGUGUGAAGUUUGUACAUUGGGAUGCCAAAAGCAGAGUAUCUGGCACUGGUUAGCAGUGUGGCCCACACUGUGUAUAUAUUUGGACAUUGGAGAUAAUUGGGCUGCCUCUCUUAAGAACUAUACUAAGUGAAUACUGAUGACCUUCAGAUGUCCUUGGGGUGGGGGACAUAUUUGAAAAUCUUCAGCCUCAUUUUUGUCACUGGGUUCACCCUCCUUGACCACUAGAUAUUGUACUCCAGCUUCUCCUGGGUAACAGCUGUAACAGGUUUAAGCAUCACUCCUCUUUCUGCCCAGUGGGUAAGGAGGAGCAUUCACACAACCACAGACUGGUGAUUUUUUUAUACACUCCAUUACAAUAUUUGGGCAGGGGGUCCACCUGAGCACUUGGUUAUCUCAUCCCCAGGAAGAGACACAAAAAGAUAGACUCAAAGGAGGUCCCAGUUCACAGUCUGGGGCCCAGGUUGUUAAAGACCUCAGUGCAAUCCAUGAACCCAGAACCAUCAAUAAGCAUAUGUGAGCCCAGGGCUCUGUCAGCACAUUGAUUACCAGGCUGAAAUAGGAAAGUGUCCUAAGGCAAGUUUGGGUGGCUAGAAGUUGCAGACUUAAGAGUUGUGUGUUCCUGGGCUAGAGAUUAAUCAGUGUGAAAAUUAGGGGAAUCAUUCCCACAUCCCUGAGCUGAAUGAAAUCGUCCUCCCUAUAGAGUCCAUCAAACAGGAGUAGAGUUCUGGCCACACUCCCACUUAUUCACAGAUAUCAACGGGGGAAAAGAGGUUCCUUAGUGGAGCAUCUGAAUUUUAGGUUAUUUAAAAUAAGAGACUCGAGCCCAGGAAAGCAGAGAAUGUGAGCUACACAAUCCAUGGUAGACAAACUGGCAUCCAGCUGGCCAGAGGAGAAAGUUGUAGCUACAAUCCAGUGUCUUAUGAUCAUAGGAUCAUAGCCUGAGAGCUGGAAAAGAUUAGAGGCCAUAGAUUCCAACUCCCUCAUUUUAUAGAUGAGGAAACUGAGGCACAGAGAUAAAGUGACUUGCCCAGGGUCACAAUUAGUGUCUGAGGUAGGAUUUGAACCCCAAUCUGGUCUUCCUGACUCUAAGUCCAGCUUAAUAACAGCCUAUUUCACACUGCCUCUGAUUUACUGGCUUGAGUUUGGUAACAACUUCAGGUCUCUGGUUAGUUUGCAGUGGCUCAAUGCCUUGGUUUCCCCAAUUGUGAAAUAGAAAUGAUCGAGGUAAAUUGAAAUUCUGAAGUGUAAAGGGCAAGGGCCAUUGUUGAAAUCACUUGAGUAGAUCAGACCAGGCCUUUUCCAAAUCCUGGUCACUGCCGUUGACACAGAGAAUUGUUUCUUGAUUGAGGGUAUGUUUCAUGUGGAUUUGAAUUCUGGGGCCAGAAUUUUCCUAAGCCCCUUCAAGGGGUCACUCAGCUAGUCUCCCAAGUCAGUACAAACAAAGGACUCGGCCACUGUGUGAGCAAUAAAUGCAAAUUUCCUUUCCAAGCCCUUUGGUUGAGAUAAACACACCUAUUGAGUCACUACUGGGGCUGUGGAGUGGAGGGAAGAUUACAGUAAGAAAUCCUGAACACCCCUUUCUGACUGUUCUUGAAAUAGGAAGGGAAAUGGGCCCCUUCCCCAAGCAAAGAAGUGCUUACUAAGUUCCUACCACUUCCAUAGUCUGUUUCUGAUUCACAGAAUUGAGUCUGCCUACCUUUUGUUGUGAUCACUGCACUCCUGCCAUCUCUUCACAUCAACCACAUCUCCCAGCCUUUGGUAAAUGACAGUACAGCAUCUGCAAUGAUUGCACUUUAAAAUUCAUUGAAUGUCUCCAUUUGUUUGUGUGUUUCUCUUUUCAAAGAGUGUCCUUGUACCAUUGUAAAGAAGGGCAUUGCCUGCUUAUUACAGGCAGUACAGAUUUUGACUCCUCGGGUGAGGGAUGGUUUUGGUUUUGGUUUCCACUCCUGGCCUAGACACAUUUCAGGAAGCACAUGUGAAGAGGAAAUGUGAAUGCUGAAAGGCAGCUCUCGGCAAUCCAGAGGCAAAACCUAGACACCCUUUGGUUCAACGAGUCACAAUCGGAUGUUUCUGAAUGGACCCCAAAGUCUUGGUCUAACGAUAACGUGGAGUUAGAACUAUGAAGUGACAGUUGAACAGAGCAGACAAAGGAGGAGCCAGACCAAGUCCUUGCUGUUGGAAUGGUCAGUCACUGGGGAUUGGGGCAAGACGCCCAUGGGUCUUGAGCCUGAAAUGUUCUACUGAGGUCUCCACUACCCUUGGAGAAGGUGUUGGCAUGCAUACCAUUUGGAAAUGAAAGCCACUUUCUAUCUGGCUAAAGGAGUGUUGCCCUCAUUAACGUUUUCUGGACUCAGAGUUCAGAGUCCAUCUCCUAUUUGGGCAUGAGCUCCAAAAUUGGGCAGCAGAAAGCCUGGGUUUUGAAUCCCCAUCUCUGCUCAUUCUUGCCUGUGUGACCUUAGGCAAGUCCCUUAAUUUCCCUGGCCCUGUUCCCUCAUCUGUAAAAUGAGGGAGUUAGGAUGAGUCCCUGCCAGUUUUAAACCCUAUGAUCACUUUAUGCUGUCUCUCAGUUGUGGGGGGAAGGGAAGGGGGUAGCUGCCUGCCUUGCCAAGAGGUAGUAAAAACCCGACUCUUGAGCGAGCCCAGUAGUCUGGGGGCAGGAAGGGGUGGGAGCUGAAAUGCCAAGUAUUUGUCCCCAGAUCAACAAGAUGGGGCCUGCUAGAGCCCUCUGUUCCCUACCAUCCCUGCCACCCAAAUCCUCUUCCUCUCCUGGAUCAUGCAGCGAAAUACCACUGCAGAAUCAGGCCCGAACACCCUGGGGAACUAAAUAAAACCUGAAGGGAGUAAAGCUGAGUGAUUUGGAAAAGACCAAGUGUGCGCAAAACCCGUGGGUUGCCGAAUGUCCAGAAGGCACAAGACAGAAAGCUAAGGAAAUUCAGCUCCUACCCGAAGGCCCUGAUCUGCUGAGUGUCUCUGUGUUGAGUGGAAAAGCUCCUCUUCCUGGUGAAACCAAUCCUAUCCAAGAAUACCUAGACUCUAAGCAUAGGCCUGAUUUUUCUCUUUUUAUUCUGGGAUUUUGUUUUUCAGUUUUAAUUCUGUUCUUUUCCGUCCCUUUUUUUAAUGCACCAACUAGACGUACAAAGCAGUCUAGUUUUUAUAUAUCUGUAUAUUGCAUUAUAAACUCAUUUUGCUUGUAGCUCCACAAAAAAGGCCUGUUGGAAUUAUACCUGUUGCUUAUUUACAAUAUUCCUGAUUAUCCGUAGCAUAGGACAAGGGAAAAUAAAAGUGGAAAAAACCUACAAAUCUGCCUGCUGGUCACUUUGUCUGUUCAAGCAGAUCCGGGGGAUCUGCUUCAGUGCUUCUCUUUUCUUUCAAGGGCUCCGGGUGCUAAGUGAAGGCAGGCUCCAAGCACCAGCCAGUUUUUGCACUCCAUUUCCCUGCCCCCAAGGGCUUUAAAUAUGGGAGUACUCUGGUAGCUUUGUUUGGGGGUGGGGGUGGAAGAGGGAGGAACACCAGGAGAUGCCUUGGUUGUAUGGAUGAAGAUACUGGACAGGCCCACUUUCCCUGCUCCCCACAUCCUGGGGCCCAGUUGCCCAAGCCAUCUUCUUGGUCAUUGUGGGCUUUUGCUUCCAACUCUGGGGAUUGCAUUGGGGUGAUCUGGCUUCUCAUAUGUGUUUGUUUAUGACAGUUGGGAGUUGAGAUGCAACAGGUCAGCUAUGUAAGGUUUGAGCAUCACUGCAACAAUUGGGGAGCCUACCAACUUUUCUCUGAACAGUACCAAACCAACCCCACGGGAUGGGGAUGGGGAGCAUGGGGGGAGCCCUUUAGCUUUCUAAAGCUGGCAGCCAUCCUCUGCAAAAACACAAGGCCCUCCAGGACCAUCAGUGACCCAGGGGCCACCUUCAAGUACAGAGGUGUCCUCUCACCUCCCAUUCUGCCACUACCAGGUAUUAUUGCUUUUGGUGAGCAGUAGUUCUGAAUUAGCAAUACCUGCCUGAGAGAAUUUAGCUAUAGAAAUUACUUUUGAUCCUUAAACAUCAAAAGCUUGUUCUUCCAAAGCUGAGUCUACAGGGCCAAAACCUUCCAUUGAGACAGUGUUGCUUCUUCCAGGGGCUCAGUCCAUCUAAAGAGAGGAAAUAAGUCUCACUCAGGUUGGCCAGGGCUGAGCCUUGAAAGUCCCCGGGGCAGGUUAGGCCUUGAUUUGAGGAACCCACUCCUCGUGGGCAUUCAGUAUUAGGUGAUAAGGUCUCCAGCACCAUUCCUGUAUCAGCAGCUAGAGAAGGGAGGGACGGGGCUGCCACUGCUGCUCUUCUGCUGCCAGCGAGCGGGUGUCCCAGCGUAUACAUGUGUGUGCAUGGGUAAAUGGACAACACCAAAUUCAAAACCUUGCCAGUUGCCACCAUGGAUGGCUGAGAACAACGCUCUUAGCUCUAACUCCAGCUAAGUGGAGAGGGACAGACACACCCGCUCUCCUUUCUCUCGGAGACAUUGUUAACAGUCAAGUGCAAAGAGGGCCGCACCACUUGAAGCCUGCUUCUUCCUUUGCCAUCCAAGCCUCCCUUGUGCAUUGCUCCAGUCAAUACUAACAGCGCUACAGAAUCUGACUUCGCUUCAAGAAUCACUAGUUGAUGCCCAUAUGACCAAAUAUUCCAAGGACUGUUAUUAAAUGUAUGCUGAGUUCUUUCUCUGUACAGUUAGUUAGUUCUUCUAGGUUACCUAUGUACCUGGCGCCGUGGUGUGUGCUGUGCUUUCUCUCGCCUUCCUUCCUGCCUUCCUUCCUGCCUUCCUCCCUGCCUUUUCUUGUUGUCCUUAGGUUUUCUUUCCGGUUUGGCUUUUGAUUUGGGUUGAUUUUUUUUUUAAUUUUGUAUUCCAAGCCUGGGAUUUUCUCUGCUAGUCUCUAACUGUGGUGUUAAAGUUUCUAUUUGUGUGUUGUUUGAUGGGUAAAAGGAGCGUUGCUAAGUAGAUCUCUCUUCUGUGUUUGAGCUAAAGUCUGUAUUUGUAACCAUGUUAAAGUAAU